CGAGACUGCAAAGUGUAUACACAGUUGCUUUUAAGAUAUCCCGCUUUUAUAUUUGUCCUCCGCUUGUUAUUCCUUUGCAAUUACCCCGUUGCUGUACUUUCCUCCUUUUUAGUAACUCAUUGUACACAUAAGUGCGGAUCUCACACCAAAGGUCCGGCUCCGAUUUUCCGGUGCGUCCCAACGGGGGGUGGGGGGGUGUGUAGUCGGGGACGUUGACUAAGACUAAUACUGUACGUGAUAUAAUUUGGUAGGGUACAGGCAUAUAUGUAAUCGCGAGCCGAGGGUGGAGCGAAAAUUUCGGCUCAGCUCUGUAAAUCGAUAUGAAGUAUGUGUACGUAUCAAUGUUUGUGCGUGAUCGCAGUGAAAGGUUGACGAGAUUGUAAGAUAACGCCGCUCGAGUGGUAAAUUUUAAUUAACAAGAGGACAAAUAGCUGCGGUUCGUGAAAGAAGGAUUAAGAAGAUCGAAAGCGGUAAUGGAAGAGCUGGAGAGCUCGAAAGCAGCCCGAGAGCUUCGACCGUACAGCCGAUAAGAGGUAUACCAAAUCAAGAAGGUGCUCGCCGCAGCCAUGAUGGACCUAGAGCCAAGGAGGCCGGAGAUCCUGGCUGUCAUGUUGGCCGUGGGCGCUACCACCGGCGCCGUCAUGGCGGUGAUCGUCUACGCCCUCUGCGCGCGGCGACGCAACGUCUCGCUCAACUGGUUCGAGAAAGAUCUGCUGGAGAGAGCAGAGAGCGCAGAGCGAGCGCAAGAGGCGGCGCUGGUGAAUCUCCAUCCAACGGGGCUGCUGUUGAGCGCCAAGCAGCAACUGUCGCCGCUGGGUAGUGCCAUCGUGGGUGGAAGGACGAUCGAGGAGCCAGGGUUCCAGCCGCGCGAAGGAAUCUUCAAUAACCGCGUGCGAGAGGCCCGAGAAGUGGGCCGUCACCUGUCGGAAUGCAGCUGCGACGAGGCGACUCAGAACAGUCCACUGGCACCACCACUCCCUGGAGGCGCUCUAGUGGCAAGUGACGAGCGAAUGGUAAUUUUGCGUCGUCUACCCCUGGGCAGCAGCAGUAACGGCUCGGACGCAGGCUCGUCGAGCCACACGCGGCUUAGCAGUACCGACAGCGACGACAUAUCAUGCCCUCGCUCGGCCAACGAGACCCGGGGUGAGCUAAAGCUCGGAUUGACCUACGACGCACCCAACGGGCUGCUCAAUGUCAAACUUAUUGAGGCACGCGACCUUCGGGCACGCGACCUCAGCGAGACGGCCGAUCCUUACGCCAAGAUACGCCUGUUGCCCGACCGGGCCACGGUCAAGCAAACCGCCAUACACAAGCAGACACUACAUCCUGAAUUCGACGAGGACUUUAUCUUCGAAGUACCGCCAAACUGUCAACUGUCCGAGCGUACCCUUGAGGUACACCUCUACGAUUCCGACUCCUCAAUCAAGCACCGAGGGAUGGGUUACGUGCAAAUGUCCCUGUCCUCGAUACCAGACCUCUGCUCUGAUCAACAGAAAAUCAUUACCACAUCCAUAUAUCGCUACGGCGGCGAGGGAAGAUUCAAAGCACCUCCACUUGGCGAGCUGAUGGUCUCGCUGUCUUACCAAUCCUCAGCCGGGAGGCUAGCUAUCAUUGUCAUCCGAGCAAGAAACUUACCGACCAACGACGAGAUCAACACGACUUUCGAGCCCUACGUUCAGGUGAAUAUCAUGAGAGACGGUAAGAGCUUGAAGCGCAAGAAGACCGGCAUUCGUCGUGAAGGCACGAGUCCUGUCUGGAACGAUACCCUGAAUUUCGACCUGACAGCCGAUGUGCUGGCACUUUGUAGCCUCGACUUUUCAGUUUACCGAGGAAACGGUCAGCUACUCGCUCGAGCCGAGGUCUCGGAGGUGCGCCAGUGCGAGCUUUUCCAUCGUUUGUUGACUGGUGCUGGGGCUUCGGCUCAGUGGCUGCCACUGUCUGAGCCCGAUGUCAAGGGAUACGACGAACCACCGAAAUCUGCUUGAGGGAGAGUAACUGGGUUUUUUUUUUUUUCUUUCCAUCAAUAGGUCCAACUUGCUUCCAUUGUAAUAAAAAAUGAAUUUCAAAGACCAAGGAAGAUGUGGUUUUAAUAAUCCAAGCUUCCUUGUUUUUGUAACUGCAGACUUAAUCACUCUUGGUACAAAAGAAUCAUUUAUACACUAAAGAUGAAAAUAAAGAGGCUGAUGUAACUUAACAUAAGAAACGUGUGUCGAUUUUGAAGAAAACGAAGUAAAUAACAAAUGAAUCUUACCAAAAAAAGCUUAUGUGUAUUCAUGUGAAUUGUUAGUUGUUAUAGAAAUGUAGAAUUCAUCAUUUUCAAUAUCAAUACCUUAUUUUCCAAUUUAGAUGGAUACAAAAAUUGUCUUAGACAUUUAGCCGAGGAGAUAGGAAUAAAAUAGUGUUUUAUGUAUUAGUAUCUGGGAUUGAAUAUUAGAGUGCACAGAUGUAAAUUUUUCAGUUUUUUUUUAUUUUAUUUUUUUUUUAAAGUACAAUAAAACUGUACAAAAAAAAUGGACCCACCAGAGUUUGUCUAGUCAAAUAGACCUAUAACAGAAAGAAACAAAUAAUUGAAAUUAGUAUAUUAGAUAUAGUCUACAAAUCAAUAGUAAAUCUAUUUUCUACAAUUUUCUCAUCUAUAAUUUAUCCACAUACUGUUUCAGUAGCUAAUACAUGUUUAAUAAUCAUUGAAUUUUAGACCACAAUUGUAAAGAUUGAAAUAAAUUGAGUUUUAUCUUACCAAA